AUGCGACGUGGCGCUGUCGUCGUCCGCCGCGCUGGAGCCCACCGGCGCGUUGGUCACGUGGCGGGCGCCGCCGGCGCCCGCACAGCUGCCCGCACCCGGGUGGCGCCGCUUCGCGAGCGCGCCAAGCUGCAGGAGCACGUGCGCACGCACACGGCGGCAGGCCUUUGCCUGCGAGCCGCUGCAGGCCCGCCUUCAAGACGCUGUCAACCGCUGCGCCGCCCUUCGCCUGCUGGCCAACCUGCGCGUGCACGAGGCACGCACACGGGCGAGCGCCGCUCCCGUCGGCGGAGUGCGGGCGCGCCUGUCGCCCGCGCCGAGCACCUUCGCGCGCACGCGCUGAGCCUGCACGCGCGCCAGCGGCCCUUCGCGUGCGACGAGUGCGGCGCCACGCACUCGACGCGCGCGCACCUCGCCACGCACCGCCGCCGCGCGCACACGGGCGAGCGGCCCUUCGCCUGCGCGCACUGCGCGCGCGCCUUCGUGCUCAAGGAGCACCUCAAGAACCACGUGCGCGCGCGCCACACCGGCGCCCGCCCCUACGCUUGCCCGGCCCCCGGCUGCACGCGCGCCUACGCCACCUCCACGGCCAUGCGCAAGCACCAGCGGCAGGCGCACCCCGACCCCGACCCCGCGCACUGA